AUGAGCUCUCAUCAACAAUUAUUCUACAACAAGAAUUAUAGUAAGAUCAUCCAAGAUUUGAGCUCUAAUCAAGAUCCAUCUAUCCAAGAAACACAUAAUUUGUCUAUUUGCAAGUAUUUAUCUAACGGCGAAUCUCCACUUCCAACCUUAAUGAAUUUAUGUGAUUCCAUUCUUCAAGACAUUCAAUCACCAAAUCAAUGGCCAUCUAAUCCAUCAUGGCCAUUGAUUUUAUAUCAUGUUUCUUUAUAUUCUCUUAAAUUUUGUUCAUAUGAAAAAACACAGAACAUUUUGAACGAUCUUUGGAACAAUUAUGACAAACAAGAUAAAUUCCUAAUGCUUUCAAUCACUGUUUUGACAAUAGAACUCGCCUGUCGUUCAAAUUUAACAAAUAACAUCGAAAAAGCCUUCAAUUAUAUUAAAACCAACUUUCCGACCGCAGAAUCAAUCCAAGCGGUCCUACAGACAAAGAAUAUCGACUCAAAUACGAUCCAAUACUACGUUGACACGAUUCAAUAUUCCAAAUUCAAAAUUGACGUUUCACAGCUUCUCAACAGCAGCGUUGAUGAAAAGACGAAAGAGCAGUACCAUAAAUUAAUCCAAGGAAUCGAUAUUUCAGAAAAUGCGAAACAAAAUCCAAAAUUACCCGUUGUUAAAGGAAUUCCUCUUUCCAGCUUAGCGUAUCACUUUGGAGAAAUGUCUAAGUCACAUUCAAUCCUCGAAACAAUCACUCCAAUUAGUAAUUUCGCAGUUUACAAUAAUCUUGGCAUUUUCGAGCUCAUUAACGGCCACUACAACUCCGCACUUCUACACUUUUCACGUGCUCUCAGUUCCCGUACGAAUAAUCAACUUUUCUACCCUUAUCAUCAAAUUUCUUAUAAUUUAGGAUUAUCCUUACUGCAGAAGCACAAACCGAAGCGUGCCUUCAAGUACUUACAUUCUGUUAUCCCUCUAAUGCGUAACAGCCCUUAUUUAUGGCUGAGACUUUCAGAAUGUAUUGUUAUGUACUACAAACAAAGAAUCGCCAAACUCCGACAACGAACACAAGUAUCUCCCGUCAUAGCGCAAAAAUUAUGCACCAGUACUCAGACUUAUUACCUUUUACCAGCUUCAGAUUCUAAAUUGUUCGAACUGGACCAGAACAAGAACUCAGAGAUGAACCUCGACUUCGGAGCUAACUGUGCUCGCAAUUGUAUCCAGUUAUGUACUCCGGAACAGUCCGAAAUUGCAAAUCGUGCAAGAAUGCUUUGUUCCUUCAUUUGUCUUGAAAUCGGCGCGGGCAAAAUGGCAUCAGACAUGUGCAAUGCAGUUAUUAAUAGCCCAGGAAGUGAUAAACAGCAACAACAAUUUCUUGCCAAGAUUUAUUCCGUUCAAGGAAUCAUGUUAUCAGAUGAUAUCGAGAGCGCAAGCCGCGUCAUGUCAAGGAUGAUCCUGGAAAGCUCAUUUACCAAAGAAAAAGACCUUAAUACUCUUAAUUACCUCACAUUUGCCAGAGUUCACAUGAGUAGCCGGGACAAGGAAGGACACAUUAGCCAGACCGACAUCAAGAACGCCGAGAAUAUGCUGUCUAAAGCUGUUGAAGCUGAUCCAAGAAGGCCAGAAACAGUUUUGACGAGUAUUCUCUUCAAAAUAAUGAGAAGACAUAUCGCACAUGCCGCUCAGGAGAUAAAGGACUACUGCGAUAACGUCGACAAAGGAAAUGGCGACGAUUCUGAUUAA